CGUUGGUAUAAAUAGGAAACAAAUAUUUCUACAAGUUUUAACAGACCUCAGAACUCCAGAUUACCCCAGACCUCCAUCAGCAGAACUGAAGAUGAAUACACAUAUACUGAUGGCCCUUGGCCUUCUCUUGGUAGUCAACCAGUCUGCAGCAUUUUUUGGUGGUGGUGGAAGUUUUAUGAAAAUGAUGCCCGGUGGAGGCGGCGGUGCUGGUGGUGCUGGUGGAAUGGGUGGUAUGGGUGGUAUGAUGGGAGGUGGUAGCGGUGGCGGCGGUGGAAUGAGUUCUUUUAUGAAAAUGAUUCCAAAAGGAAUGCGUGGCGAAAAUGGUCAGGAACCAGGAUGGAUGAAAUUUGUUCCAGGUCAGUUUAAAGGCAUGGUAGGAAACAUGAUGAAAGAUCAAGGAAAUGGCGGUAACGGCGGACAGGGACAAAACCAAGGACCUGGUAGUGGUGGAUUCGGACCUGGUGGUGGAUAUGGUCCUUGAAUGACGGAAUCGUUACCUAUCAGUAUAAAAUUAGCUCAAAUAGUUCUUAUUUUGUUAGUUUUUGAAUAUUUGCUUCACAUUUUGUAUGGUCUAUUUCAAAUAAAUUAUGUUUUAUUUUA